GACGAGGAUGGCGAUUUCUUCGUAGCCAUCCGCCGCUGCAAGAGCAAGAGCGUUCUUGCGUCACAGCCAACUACAAAACCAAUUUUGUCUGUCCCAGCAGGGGUUCUCGCAGCUCAUCCACCAAGUAACCCGGCUGGGAACGGACUCCCGGAGCUUCUGUCUCCCGACGACUCGGCGGACAAUGGGACGAAACCCGGAACCAUUUCACAGGGGCUGUUUGGUGUUAAGAGCAGCGGCUUCCUCACUGGGUACGACUACACCGGCCACAAACGACACAACCUGAAAGCCGGCGAGCCCAACACCCUUCAAGGGUCAGACAAGACUACACUCCAACACUCGCGCAAAAGACCAUCUCCGGAAGUCAUCGAUCUCACCGAUCUUCCAGACAACCCAAACAGCCCGGGCAACGGUGUCGUUCCUUCGAGCCGCAAAACCAAGAGGCGCCGUCUCGAUGAGCAGGGCCGCGAAAAGCGGCACAGGUCCCAGCGGGCGCAUUCACAGGCUCACGAUGAUUCUCGGGACGCGAGGAAGCGCUUGUCUUCGGAAAAGCGCAAGGCCAAACACUUGUUUGGGGACAGGGGCAAGUCAGUCCCACGCUCAUCGGCCUCGCGAAAGAGCAAGGAGUCGUCACGGCGUCGGCAUCUUCAGGGUCUUCAUAAGGACGAUCGGCACAGGGAGAAGGAGAGAGCAAAACCUCGGGAUCAGCAGGUAUCCGGCGAAGAUGCCCGUCAAGAGGCUACCCGGGGUGUUAAGCAGACGCCUCACGGACAAGACCUGAUAUCGCGUCAACAACCGCGUUCACAACUGCUCCAGACUCUAAGUCAGCAACAAAGUUCCUUAUCUACCCAAGCCGGCCACCAUAACAAAGUUAACACUACCGGGCCGAAUAAAGAGCCCGUCAAUACCAAGAAGGGUCAACAAACUCAGUCAAACGGCGGCGACUUGCCAGCCACCAACCAAGAUGAUGUCGACUUGUUUCGAACCUACGCAUCCAAGGUACCCGAGAAAAGAACUGCGCAAGUUGUCUCUGGUUUGCCAAACAGCGGUAACAGGAACUUAGAGCGGAAUAGGGCGAGUCAAAGAAGCGAACCUCCCGCCCCCCCUCAACUACUCAAUCGUCCAUCUCAACUAAAUCCAGCACCCGUGCCCAACCGCCCGGCAAACCAACCCUACCAACCCCCAGGACCAGCAGGUGGGCGAAAGCACCAGACCAGUAGUCUAGGCCAGUCGAGGAACGUUUUCCAGCCCAAACCCAGUCAAUCCCGCUCCAACCGCCAGUCGCGGGCCAACUUACUUUCUGACCAAGCUAUCGUUCCACCUGACCCUCCCCUUUUUUCUCAACCAUCCCUUAACUACCGCCGACCACGGGCUGCCGCAUAUUACCCCCUUCACCACUUCCAACAGCGACAGCAACAACAGCGAUCCUUCCAUGACGAUUUCCCGCAGCAGCCCGUCCCACCGCGGGAAUCAGUAUCCGCCGUCGAGGCCCUAGGCUCAGACCGCACGGUGAUCCAGUACGUGGUGUACCGCACGCCGCGGUUUACCACGCCGUCCGGCAGCGACGACGAAGAUGCAGAGCAGCUCCUCCAGCAGGUGAAGAGCACCAAAGCCGUCCGCUGCAGCCAGCACUUCUCCCUGCAAGCAGCCAACUCGCAGGCCGCGGCACACCAGGACCGGCUGCAAAAGGGGGUUGUGGGGAAGAGCUGGUCUAUGGUCCGGCCGCUACACUCUUCCAUCAACACCACCACCAACACCUCCUCAUCCACCUCCUCCACCCCCUCCCUACCAACCUCCACCGCACCUACCCAACCCCAAACCCAACCCCCAAAC